AUUGCGCCAUCUCCCAGUGGAGGCCAUAUUUGAUGCGGACGGUAAACAGAUGGACUUUAUCCCCAACAUUCGAGUCAUCCGAAGUCAGCGGAAGACCAUAAAGCUGAUGUUUAAAAAGUAUGCCUACUCUAAGAGCAACAAUCACGAAGCCACGACUUACUGGCACUGUCGUAGCCGUCGCAAUGGAAAUCCUGCAUGCAAAGCUCGGUUUUCAACCAAGAAGCUCAGGAACGGGCGCUAUAAAGUAUAUCUGACCCAGCCGGAGCACAAUCAUCCUCCGAAAAAGCGUCACCUAUAAUCAGAAUAAUUAUAUUUUAAGAUGAGAGAAAUAUAAAAAAGCCAUGAUUUGGCAAAAUGA